AGUACCUCGCACUAUACUGGUUACCUUGACUCCUGUGGUCCUCGCUCCGGUCUGGCAGACAGCUGAGGCGGGUAUUUAUCAUCAGCACGACCACGGAGCGGCUGUGAGACUCAUAAUGCAUGGGGGCAAGAGAGGACUGGUGGCUCCGCAGAACACCUUUCUGGAAAACAUCGUCCGGCGCUCCAGCGAAACCAGUUUCCUGUUGGGAAAUGCACAGAUCCUGGAGUGGCCGGUCGUUUACAGCAACGAUGGAUUCUGCAAACUGUCCGGAUAUCACAGAGCUGAAGUCAUGCACAGGAGUAGCUCAUGCAAUUUCAUGUACGGUGACCUGACCGAUAAGAAGACUAUCGACAAAAUCAGAAAGACCUUUGACAACUAUGAGUCCAAUUUCUUUGAAGUGCUGCUCUACACAAAGAACAGAACACCCAUAUGGCUCUACAUGCAGGUAGCUCCGAUCAGGAAUGAGAAUGACAAGGUGGUGCUUUUCCUCUGUACCUUCAGAGACAUUACACUCUUCAAACAGCCAAUUGAAGAUGAAGCAACUAAAGGAUGGCCGAAGUUUGCCAGACUGACACGGGCGCUGACCACCAAUCGCAACCUGGUGCAGCAGAUAGCACCGCUGAGCAAGACUGAGGUCAGCCAUAAGCCCUCCAGACUGGCUGAGGCUCUCCAGCUGGGAUCAGACAUCCUCCCUCAGUACAAACAGGAGGCCCCUAAGACCCCUCCACACAUCAUCCUCCACUACUGCACCUUCAAGACCACCUGGGACUGGGUCAUCCUCAUCCUCACCUUCUACACCGCCAUCAUGGUGCCCUAUAACGUCUCCUUCAAGACAAAGCAAAACAAUUUAGCUUGGCUGGUGGUGGACAGUGUCGUGGACGUCAUCUUCCUGAUCGACAUUGUACUUAACUUCCACACCACCUUUGUGGGUCCUGCUGGAGAGGUCAUUUCAGACGCCAAGCUCAUACGAAUGAACUACCUGAAGACGUGGUUCGUCAUCGACCUACUGUCCUGUCUGCCCUACGACAUCAUCAAUGCCUUUGAACAUGUGAAUGAGGAUGUCGUCACAUCUGCUUCUCGAUCAAGUCAUCUCCACGAGUCUUCAGUUUUCCACAGGAAUACCACACGAACAGAGGACUCUGUACUCCCAGGUCUCAGCAGCCUGUUCAGCUCCCUGAAGGUGAUCCGCCUGCUCCGGUUGGGCCGAGUGGCCCGAAAGUUGGAUCACUACCUGGAGUAUGGAGCAGCUGUCCUUGUUCUGCUGGUGUGCGUCUUUGGUCUGGUGGCCCACUGGCUGGCCUGCAUCUGGUACAGCAUCGGCGACUACGAGGUGAUCGAUGAGACCACCAACACCAUUAAGACAGACAGCUGGCUCUACCAGUUGGCCCUGAGCAUUGGAACUCCUUACCGCUACAAUACCAGUGGCACAGGACAGUGGGAGGGAGGUCCCAACAAGGACACGUUGUAUAUUUCUUCUCUCUACUUCACCAUGACAAGUCUCACCACCAUUGGAUUUGGCAACAUUGCUCCGGCUACAGAUGGCGAGAAGAUUUUCUCCGUGGCUAUGAUGAUGGUGGGCUCACUGCUGUAUGCAACCAUCUUUGGAAACGUCACCACCAUCUUCCAGCAGAUGUACACCAACACAAACCGCUACCACGAGAUGCUCAACAACGUGCGUGACUUCCUGAAGCUUUAUCAGGUUCCCAAAGGUCUGAGUGAGAGGGUCAUGGACUUUAUCGUCUCCACCUGGGCCAUGUCUAAGGGCAUUGACACAGAUAAGGUUCUCUCAAUUUGUCCCAAAGACAUGCGGGCGGACAUCUGUGUCCACCUCAACAGACAGGUGUUCAACGACCACCCGGCGUUUCGUCUGGCCAGCGACGGCUGUCUGCGCUCUCUAGCUGUGGAGUUUCAAACCACGCACUGUGCACCAGGAGACCUCAUCUUCCAUAUCGGAGAGAGCGUUGACACUCUCUGCUUUGUAGUCUCUGGUUCACUAGAAGUCAUCCAGGACGAUGAGGUCAUCGCAAUACUAGGUAAAGGUGAUGUGUUUGGAGACGUGUUCUGGAAAGAGACCACGAUGGCCCGUGCAUGUGCAAAUGUCCGAGCUCUGACUUACUGCGAUCUACACGUGAUCAGGAGAGACGCUCUGAUGAGAGUGCUGGAGUUCUACACUGCAUUUGCCAAUACAUUCUCCCGCAACCUCAUCCUCACCUGCAAUCUACGAAAACGGAUAAUCUUCAGAAAGAUUGCUGAUGUGAAGAGGGAGCAGGAACGCCAGAGGAACGAGGUGACUCUCUCCAUUCCUGACGAUCACCCAGUCCGCAAGCUGUUCCAGAGGUUCAGGCAGCAGAGAGACGCUCAAACACCGGGAGAGUCUCACACUUACUUUGAUCAAAACUGUGUGCAGGUGGAGCCGCAGCACCACCAUCGCUCUGACUCAAACUCUUACAUGCAGUGUCAGUCCAUGUCUUCUCAGCAGCAGGAGUACAGCUCUGUGAUGCAGAAUAAUGCACCCUGCACAGGAGGAGGGAAUUCAGGCAGUGGCUCCAGUAUUGCUGCACCUCCACAAAAAUUGGUCCACACUGAGACGUCAACACAAAACUGCACAAAAGAGGCUGGGGAAUCUAUAGCGAGGCCGUGUGCAGAGAGUCAGCUUUGUCAGAGGGUCAACAGCCCUGCACGGAGCAGUAGUGCAGGUGGAGAAGGAGCUGUAGGUGGUGUCACCAGCAGCAGAGGUGCUCGAGGCUGGGCAAAGUUUAGAAACGCAGCAUCGGCUGCACCAACUGCAACAUCCGCACCACCUGCACCACUGCCUCCUGCUGUCGAGCCUGAAAAGAAGCCACAGAAAGCAGAAGAGUGGCCCAAGGGAUCCCAGUCCUCAGAACAAUUAGCAGCCGUGAACAAGAGCCAGAACUCUGAGGAAAGUGGAGAGAUGGGGAGCACAGAGGGGGGCAACGGUGCUGGAGAGGCAGGUGAUGAAAUAAGCGCCCUGCACAAAACUGACUCCUGUGACAGUGGUAUCACAAAGAGCGACCUACGCAUUGACCGAGCUGGAGAUUCAAGAAGCUCAUUUGAAAGAAGCCCGCUGGAAAAGAGCCCAAUGGAGAAAAACCCAUUUGAGCACAGUCUCGGGGUCGACUCCCUCAAACACUCUUUUGUUCAGCCGGUGUCUGAGCAAGCGCUCCUUCAAGCCACCCUACAUGAGGCCAAGCUGGAGCUGAAGGGAGACAUUCAGAAACUGAGUGGCCGCCUGUCGGUCCUCGAGACUCAGGUGGGCGAGAUCCUCAGGCUGCUGUCGGUAAAAAGAAGACUCUCACUGCCACCGACUUCUUCACCGAAGGCCAGAGUGAGAAAUCAAGACUCAGUGGCUGCCUCCACUGCGGUUACACCGAAAGUAGAUGAAGGGCCUUUCUGAAUUUAGGGAUUUUAAAACCCACAACCUGGAUCUCUUAAAAACUGAUUUAUAUACGCACCAGUUUGCAUGCCCUGCUGGACUCCGACCUGCCAAAGACUUUCCUGGAAUUUAAACAUCAAACUGCAUGCAGAAAUCCCUUUCAUGUUUCCUGAGCACUACAAAAAAACAGGGAUUCUUUUAAUGGUCUUUGACAUAUGAAGCACUUUUACGGUCCUGUGUAUACUACAUUUAAAAAUUCCCAAAAGAAACAGGAACAAUUAUAAAAACAGACAAUAAAAAAACACCUUUUGUGUUGUUAUUGGUCAAAAAUAGUACAUUCUCAAAAGCAGUACAAACAUUAUAGAACUACACAUCUCUACUAAUCUUACAAUACUCUGUUGAAGGCUUUUGUUGAAAGAUCGGAGCCUUAAAGGCUGAGGUCAAAUCAUAGAUUUAACACAUAGUUUGAGUCUUUUUGUAAAGCUGUCCUUUUCAUGAUCUUCCUGGACUUUUUUCCCCUAGAUGUUAAUUUACAAUUUUUAGCAGAACACCUGACCAAAGGGUUCACCUGCCAUAACUUUUAUAUUGAAUUAAACAACUUCAGCUUGCUCAUGUGUCAGAGAAGCAGGAGCAACUCUGACUUUUACUUCAGUAAACCUUCCUACCACCGUAUGUUAAAUAGGAGGAGAGUCUCAGUUUUUCAUUUUUGCUGCCCAUCCUCAGUGGCUACCUACCUUUACUAAAGGAGUACCUCACCUACAAAAUGGCCAUUUUCAUAUCAAUUACUCAUCCCGUGUUAUGUAGAGUAUGUAAAGAAAACAUAUUGUUUUUCAUGUAUUGCCUCCACGGUGAACGAAGAAUCCAACAGAAUCCAUGCAUAAGGACCUGGCUUGACGUGCACUGCAUGGGUUUGUUUCUAUGACAUCAAUAUCUUGACACUAACUUUAGCCAAAUAGCUACUGUUAUGCUACAUUAACAGAGGGUUGACAAUAUAGACAACCACAAGCUUACAAAGCAAACCGUUACAAAAGCACAUCACCCUCCAGAAACAUCCAGUGUCGGCCGAUCGAUAUGCUCCCAAAAAAAUUGGCUUUACUGUCUUUGUUGUAAGAGUAGACAAGAGUAUUGCUUAAGAAGCAGCAGUAACAUCACUAGCGCCUUUCUAAAAAUUAAAGAGAAUUUCAACUUGAAGCGUCUGGAGUGGCUACACAAGAAAGGCGGAGCAGUCCAAAAGAAGGUGCUGAGCAUGACGCUUUUUCACUAGGUGGCCAUAUAAGCCCUGUUUCCACCAAGCAGUA